UCUGCCAAGGACAGAAGACUUGAACAGGACUCAGUAAAACAAGAAGAAACUCUAAAGAAGAUUUUUUAAAUCGUUUUCCAUCCAGCUUUAUUAUAAUAUUUCAUUCAGGCUCGCAGCUCUGCUUUGAUUCCGUUUUUUUCCUCUUUGGAACUUGUGCGCAGCCACACUUGUACUUUUUUUUUCUUACCUCAGACACUUCAUUGAAUCUUCAGAAAUGUUUCCAGAGGCCAACAAAGACUACAGCUACGAGGACUGCAAGGCCACUGCUGAUUGGCUGCUGGCCCAGACCGACGUCCGACCCACGGUGGGCAUCGUGUGUGGCUCAGGGCUCGGAGGUCUGGCUGACAUGUUGAAGGACCAGGUGGCCUUCAACUACAAGGACAUUCCCAACUUCCCACAGAGCACUGUGCACGGACAUGCAGGACGGCUGGUGUUCGGCACCUUGAAGGGACGGCCGUGUGUUUGCAUGCAGGGACGCUUCCACCUGUACGAAGGAUAUCCAAUCCAGAAGAUCACAUUGCCGAUGCGCAUCUUUAAGCUGCUCGGGGUUGAAACAGUGAUGCUGACUAACGCAGCCGGAGGCCUCAACCAAGACUUUAAAGUUGGAGACAUCAUGAUCAUCAAAGACCACCUGAACAUGCCCGGUUUCGCUGGCAACAAUCCACUGGCAGGACCCAAUGAUGACAGGUUUGGUGUGCGUUUCCCCUGCAUGUCUGAUGCAUACGACAGAGAGCUGCAGCAGCUGGCCAUGGACGUGGGACAGGAGCUCGGCUAUGGAGACUUCCUGAAGGAGGGCGUCUACUGCGUGUUGGGCGGACCGUCAUUCGAGACGAUUGCUGAGUGCCGCAUGCUGCACAAACUGGGCGCCGAUGCUGUCGGUAUGAGCACGGCCCACGAGGUGAUCGUGGCGCGCCACUGCGGCAUGCGCGUCUUCGCCCUCUCGCUGAUCACCAACCAGGCGGUGAUGGACUACGACAGCGAGGAGAAAGCCAACCACGAGGAGGUUCUCCAGACGGGGAAGCAGCGAGCGGAGCAGCUGGAGCGGCUGGUUUUCACCAUGGUGACCAAGAUCGAGCACAACAACAACUACGCCUAAGAGAUGCUUUAGUUUGGUCUUGUGGUACAACUCGAGGACACUUGAUGUGGUGGCCAUUUAUCGCUAUUGUGCCAAAGAAAAUCCCACUUAUUUUGUCUUUCAGGUGAGCUGUUUUUUAAGUCUUUGGUCAAAAGAUGAUGAAAAAUCUCACCCUGAUAUAUAUGUAAAUUGAAACAAUGCACACAGCCUUUGUUUUCAUGUCACUCUACCCAAUAUGACCAACAUUCCUCCACUGAGAAGCUACAAAAGAAAGUAGCUUCUCAGUUUUUUGUUUUUUUAAAGCAGGUGUAUUUGUUCUAACUUAAAAUAUGUGAUCAACUUGUAUAAAUAUCUGCAAUUUAACUUAACAAUGAGCAUAAAUCUGCUGUAAAGAUCUUAAUAUUAUGAUGUUGAAAUGUGUACAUUAGUGGACUUAUGGUAUUUUACUGUGCUUGUUUUUUAAUAUGACUUGUUACUAAAAGUACUAUUUAUUACGA